GGAAGACAUGGCACUGUGUGCGAAAAACAAGAGCUCCCACCCCACCUGUUGUGUAUAGGCCUAUCAGGCGAAAAAGAAACAGAAAAAAAAGAAUGUGAUUUGUUGUAGGCUGGGCUGCUUUUCAUCCCCAACAAAACCACGGACGACACAAAGGCUUGUUGUGUAACUGAAUGAGCGCUUUACGCUCGCAUUGUGCAAAUACGUAUUAGCGGGGCAAUGGCUGAUGCUGUUAGGUUCAUUAAGAAAUUCCUCUGCGGAUUGAGGCAGGGAGAGGGCUUUACAUAAUGACGUCCAUGCUUUUUUCUCGUGAAAUGGCCCUUUAAAAGUAGGCUUCUUUUGGUCACCCCUGAGGCACAGGCUAUCGAGCGACCGGACGGUGAAACCUGAGGUGUGAUCACCCAGUUUUAGGUCAGAUAUUUUCAAAAUGGUGACUUCUUAUCCGCUGCCAGAGGGAUUCUCUGAGCUCGAUGUGUUUUCACUGGGAUCUUGUCUACUCGUGGAGGGUCUCCUCGGAUUCAUCCUGAAUGCUGUCACAGUUGUUGCUUUCCUUAAAAUACGGGACUUACGGACUCCGAGUAAUUUCCUUGUGUUCGCUUUGGCUUUGGCAGACAUGGGGAUUUGUGUAAAUGCCACUAUUGCCGCAUUCUCCAGCUUUCUGAGAUACUGGCCCUAUGGAUCAGAAGGGUGCCAAACCCACGGCUUUCAUGGAUUCCUAACUGCCCUUUCCAGCAUCCACUUCAUUGCAGCUAUUGCUUGGGACAGAUACCACCAAUACUGCACCAGAACAAAGCUGCAGUGGAGCCGUGUCAUCUCCCUGGCUGUCUUCAUCUGGCUCUUUACUGCUUUCUGGGCAGCCAUGCCUUUGAUUGGCUGGGGAGAGUAUGAUUAUGAGCCGCUGAGAACCUGCUGUACUCUAGACAUAAGCAAAGGAGACAGGAAUUACGUCUCUUAUGUGUUUCCAAUGGCCAUCUGUAAUAUGGGAAUUCAAGUGUUUAUUGUGAUGUCCUGCUACAAAUCCAUUGACAAGAAAUUUAAGAAGACAGGCCAAGAAAGGUUCAACUGCAGCACUCCCCUGAAGACCCUGCUGUUCUGCUGGGGCCCUUAUGGAAUCCUAGCCUUCUACGCUGCUGUGCAGGAUGCCAACCUUCUGUCUCCUAAAUUGAAAAUGAUUGCUCCAAUCGUGGCUAAAACCUCUCCCAUCUUCAAUGCCUUUGUUUACGCUCUUGGAAAUGAAAACUACAGAGGAGGAAUCUGGCAGCUGCUCACUGGACAGAAAAUUGAUUCUCCUUCCAUUGAGAACAAGUCCAAAUAAACCAAGCAUGCAGUAAUUAUGUAUAAUGUUCUGGUCAUUUCUGACAGGUAUGACACAUGCUCAAGCUCAUACCAUCUUCUUCAUAUCAUUGGCUCAUUUCAUUUCAUAGGUUAUUGUUUCUGUCCAGGAUAGUUUGGUCUCUUGUUCUUAAUGCAAGUCAUUUCAGCCAGCAUGAAGGAGUAAUAGCUCAGUCGGAAAUACAUUUCCAACAUGGUGCAUGCAGUCCCACUUUUGACUGAUUGUGUCAUUUAAAUCAUUGUAAAGGGCCUCACUGCAGGAGCACUUUGUUCAGUCACAUAAUACGGGUUACGCCACUUCCAUGUUGUGAUUAAAUAACAGCACAUGAGUAUUACGCACAAGGUAUGAGUAGAAGCUAUGCUGAUAUUUCAUAAGUACUUACAUCUGAUAUUUCAUAACUAUAGCAGUUGUGAAAUAACAGAACUGCUGUUUCAAUUUUGGCAGCAUAAUGCAGGGAGUAUUAAGGUCACAAUGCAAAAUGAUUUUUUUUCUGCCUUGAUAAAGCACAAUAUAUUUACAUGUAUAGUUUGGUUCAUUUUUGGGCAAUGUAAUAUUUUAACAUUCGUGCUAGAUCUAAAAAGCAUUUAUUUUCUACCAGAGACUAUACAGUUAUCCUCCAACAUGUAAAUCUCACUUGCCAUGAGAUGAUGUCCAUGCUAAGCCUGAGACAGAAUUAGACAAGCAACAUUUUAUAAUCCCAGAAACAACAGUGCUUUUCAUGAUAACACAUUCCCCCAGUGCUCAAGACUAGCAGACAGGAGGAGAUUACACACAAGACAUACUGCAAUUAGAUAUAAUGCCUGCCCUGCACGUCUCUCUCCCUCCUGCACGUGCUCCCACUGUCCAUCUCUUAAACCAGUCACAUAUGUAAAAAGGACAUGGGAAAAUACAGUGCUGUGCAAAAGUCUUACAGAUGUAAGAAAAUUAUAAGUAGAGCAAUUUAUUUAAAAAAAUAACAUUAGAAUAAAUACUUAAUAUGAAUAAACAUACAAAGAACACACUCUAAUCAGGUGUGUACUGCUAGAAUUUAGCAAAUCCAUGCAAUGGCUGGAGGUGUCAAGAACCAAACCUGUGUUUUUCUACCCGUAUUCUUCUAACCAAACAUUAAUAACUUAAAACAAACAAACAAAUCAAUAAAUCUUGUUUAAUGUUACUGUAUUUAUCUAUAUUUAUUCUAAUGUUACAUAGAGUUUUACAGGCAAAAACUAACUUACUGCCAGGAAUUGGCUGCCUAAGACUCUUACACAGUACUGUACGUCUAAACAGACACAAUAUCUUCUGUGGCGAAGUUAGUAAAAAUAUUGUAUAUAAUAAGGUAUAAUUAGAAGCAUCUUGGCUUGAAACAUACUAUUAUUUGCAAAAGUUUGAACACCCCUGGUAAAGUGACAUGUUUUUGUUAAACAAGUUAACACAUCCUCUACAGAGAACACACUUAAAAUGGCAUUUUGUGCUAAUUUUAGUACCCAGUUUUUUGGUUUUAACAUAUUGGAAAUAAAUAAAAUAGAAAAUAUUAAAUGUGCCAUAACUUUUGUCCAGGCCACAUUUUAUUUUUCCCGAUAUGUUAAGUUCAGCAAAUAAACAGUAAGUGUGCAUUAAAACUGUGUUCUAUGUAGAGGAUCUGUUAUUUUCAUGUCAACAAGAAAAUCAACAAAACAUGUCACUUGAACAUGGGCAUCCAAAUUUGUACAUAUAACUGUACAGACUCACUAUGGGUGUAAUUCACCAUAAGGAGUGAGAUGAAACUAAUUAUUUGUGAGGUGAUAAAAGGUAGAAACACAGCAGUAAAUGCAUACAUUUUAGUGGUAAAAUACACAAACACUAGCACACAACAAGUUUUGUUUACACAAACUAUUAAAAGUUGAAUGUAAUUUUACACAUAUUUAGCAUUCUGUUUAUAUAUUAAGUAAAUCUACUCUUAAUCAACGUUUUCAAACCCUUACGCUCUACACUCACUUGCCUUUGCCUGUUAAAGGUGUUAAAAAGGCACAUUUUUGAUAUAAAACAUGAACAUCAGAUUAAAGUCAUUAACAAAGCAACGAGAUUAAUACAUUCCUGUAUUUCAAAAGCACCACCUACAAAUGCAGUCCCUCAUUCCUAAUGUGUAGCAAUCUUGUGCUGGAAGGUUAUUUGUAACCAGUUGUAGGAAUUCAAUCUCAUGCUUCUCUGUGAGCUGUGAAUACUGCAUAUAUGGACUGACGUUACUGUGCUGUAGACUGCUUUCAUUAUUAUUAUCUUCUGAGUUGUCAUUAUCUGUAUUAUAAAUACCAAACAGCACUGUGAUUUAAGGGGUGGCUGAAGUGUAUUGAUAACGUAUGUUAUAUAUAGAUUCAUCUGUUUUCUGUGCACAAAUGAUGGCAUUUAUGUGAUACUAUCACAAUUAUACAAAGCAGCUCAACUUAAAUUCAGCUGAUGAAAGAAAAGCACAACUGAACAAUGUGUGUGUGUGUGUGUGUGUGUGUGUGAGAGAGAGAGAUUUAGUGUGACACCUGAUGAAUGUGCUUUGUGUAAUGUGAUGUUAUGACUGUGUGCAUCUCUUGUCAGUGUUUUCUAUUGUACUUCCUCAAGUGCAUUAUGACUUUGAUUUGAGUUUUUUUCUUUUCAUAUUGUGCCUCAUAAGUAACGGUGGGUUUCUGUAUCACUCCCAAUAAAGACAUUUCUCUGGGA